AUGGCCGACAGCGAUACUUGUAAGGAUGAAAACAACAAAACCGAAGAUGAGAUUGUGCCAGCCCCUGCAGCUUUUAAAUCAGAUGUCUGGAAACAUUUUGGUUUCGCCGUGUCAAAAAACGCAAAAGGAGAGAAGGUGGUGGACAGACAAUGGACUAUGUGCAAGCACUGCCACAGUAAGCUGCGAUACAACACAGGAAACACAAGCAACAUGCAAAGUCAUCUGACGACCCAUCAUCCCGAAAAGUUUGCAGAUUCUCUCACAAAGAAAGUCCUGUCCGUAGAUGGCAAAGGAUUUAAAAGGUUAGUGGCCAAGCUUGAGCCGAAGUAUCAAAUGCCGUCGUGGGCUCAUUUUAGUCAAACUGUGUUCCCUGCUCUUUACCGUGAGACAAAAGAACGUGUCAUGUUGAACCUUAAACAGUCUGAGUGCAUUGCUAUUACCACUGAUGGGUGGACUUCCAGAGCGACUCACAGUUACAUCACUAUUACGGCACAUGUUUUGACGAGUGAAUGGGAAAUGCAGAGUUACGUUUUACAAACUAGACAGCUUAGCGAAUCACACACUGGCGUAAACAUAGCCGAAGUCCUUAAAUCUGCAGUCAAAGAGUGGGGGCUGGACAAGAUUGGAACAAGGAUCGCUGUUGUUACUGACAACGCAAGCAACAUGCGAGUAGCAGUAAAGGAAGCCGAACUGUCCCCUCACAUACGGUGCUUUGCGCACACACUAAACCUGGCCUCCCAAGCAGGUUUAAAGGUCAACGCAGUGAGCCGCCUCCUUGGUAGAGUCAGACGUGUAGCUAGUUUUUUUCACCGCAGUUCUACAGCCACAGCCGUGCUGACCACCAAACAAAAACUACUCAAUCUCCCUGUACAUAAACUCAUUAUUGAUGUAGUGACAAGAUGGAAUAGCUCUCUGGACAUGGUGGAGCGCUACCUUGAACAGCAACAAGCUGUUGCUGCAGCCCUACUGAGUGAUGAACUGAGACACAAGUCACGUGAAAUUGACACUUUGGACGCAUCUGACAUUGCAAAUGCAGAGGAUCUUGUGAAGAUUCUUUUACCAAUAAAAAAGGCCACAACUGUUCUCUGUGAUGAGUUGCAACCAACAAUAUCUCUCAUUUCACCACUAAAACAAAUGAUUCAAGACAGCAUGGCCACAGAUAAUCACGACUCAAAUGCCAUUGCUCUGAUGAAGGUAGCCAUUCUGAAGGAUCUUACUGACAGAUACCAAGGAGAGGAUGAAAAGUUUAUGCAGGAGAGCAGUGCUUUUGAUCCAUGCUUUCGGACCUUGCAACAUCUAGGCAGUGGAGAGAGAGAGGACGUCUUUGAAAGAAAAGCAUCACAGAUGCAACAACAGGACCAAGAUGUGCUGCCCAGGAGCCCACAUCCAGCAGAUCUGGACGACAGCAGUGCGAGCUUUGUGCCUCCUCUUAAGAAGCAUGCCCUUGAGGACCUCCUUGGCUCUUCUUUUAGCAGUAAUCAAGUCACAGGUGGAAUUCAGGCAGAAAUUGACUCUUACUGCAAAGAAGCAUUAGUUUCUCUGUCUGCUUGCCCUCUUAAGUGGUGGAGAGACAAUGCAGGGCGGUAUCCUAUUCUGUCUUCAUUAGCAAAGACCUACCAUACCCGCUACCUCGGUGCCCAGUGA